AUGUAUUGGUUCUCAUAUAAAGUAAAUAAACGACGCCGUAAUCGAGAGAUGAAGCGUCAGUCUAUUUAUCAAUUAAUUGCUCGACAUAUUAGCUCUUCGAAUGACAACUUGGAUGAUGGUCACAAUGAAUACUGCCUACAAGAACAAAAUAUAAAUCAGGAAAAACUUGAAUCAACAUUUGACAAGAAGAAUGAUGAUAAUUAUAUUUCACCUGCAUCACAAAAAGUUUAUGUUGAGGAUGAUAAUGAAUGGAAUGAUGAUGAGGAUGAUGACCAAUAUGAGGAUGAUUCUCGCUUAUUGUACAAUGGUUCCUCAAUUACUGUUAGCAGUGCUAUUCGUCUUAUUAGUAAGUUUUAUUUAAAUAUCAAUUUAGAUAAGCAGAAAAUCAAUGGUCUUCUUCGUCUGAUUAAAUCUUUAUUGCCAAAACCAAAUCUUUUACCUUCUACGUGGAAAACUGUGAACAAAGCACUUCGAAAUUUUACACCCAGUUUAACAACUUAUCUUUGCACUGAUUGUUAUAAAUCAUGCGAUAUUAAUACUAAUCGCUUCAAGUUUUGUGUUAAUUUAAAUUGCAAAACUUCUUUUAGACAACGUCGCAGUUAUGAACUUAUUGAAAUUGUUCGAUUUGAUAUUCGAAGUCAGAUACAAUCGAUUAUGUGUCGAAAUUUUGAUUUUCUAAACAAAUCUCAUCUUUUUCCACCAAGUGAUAUUUGUUUUGGUGAAUGGUAUCAGCAACAAUCGAAUACAAAUGCCAACAAAAUUACAUUAUUAGUUCAUACCGAUGGUGCUCCUCUCAUUCGUUCAUCAAAACAAUCAAUAUGGCCAUGCUUUGCAUCUAUCACAGAACUUCCUCCACCAAUAAGAGAAUUCCAAUCAAACAUCAUUAUACUUGCUUUAUGGGUAUCGAAAAUGAAACCAAACGUUAAUACAUUUUUAGAUCAAACAGUAAAUGAUUUAUCACUUUUAAUUAAAAAUGGAACUUCAAUAUUUAUUGAUGAUCACGAAUAUAAUAUUCAACUUGGUACUCAACUUUUUCUUUCUGAUCUACCUGCAAAAUCACUCUUUUGUUGCACAACAAGUUUCAAUGGAUAUUCAGCAUGCACUUUCUGUUAUAGUAGAGUUCGUUAUUCUUCUAUCGUUCUAGGCAUAUGGAAUCCAAAAUAUAAUAAAAUGCUUUAUCCUUAUUCGAACAAUGAUUAUACAGCUCGUACUCAUGACGGUUAUUUGAAAUCUGCUCGAGAAGCUGUUAAAAAAUCAAAAGGUCAUAAAAAAGUAGCAGUUGAUGGUAUAAAAGCAAUUAAACUCCUACAUGCACCUCAAUCAAAAGAAGAUAUAUUACUUGGUGAACGUCUUCUCGAUUACUAUUGUCGAACAGCAUCAAAUGUCUAUGAUUCUUCUAUUGAAAUUUUUUCUUUACAUGCACAUUUACAUCUUGGUCAUCAAGUUCGUCUACAUGGUGGCUUAGCACAUACAUCAGCAUUUUCUUUUGAGUCAGCCAUCCGUUAUAUCAAAAAAAGUGCUCAUGGUAGCACUAAUGUUGCUAGUCAAAUUGCAUAUUGGAAUAAUCUUCGAUGUACAACACAAAUGAAAAAAUUUAAUUUAGUAACAAAUUCUCUUAUGGAUGUGAGUGAAGAAAAUGGAAAUAUUUAUAACGUGUGA